AUGAGACCCAGUUCAAUUAGCGCAGACGGCAUCAAGGUCUUCGCUGGCGCUGAGCAGGAUGCAAACCUCUUCUUCAUCACCGUCGAGGCCAAGCUCAUCGCCGCUGGCAUCGACGCUGGCAUCAUCGCCGAGGGUGGUGCUGACCACCAAGGAGACGGGCAGGCUCCAGCAGCUGCCUCAUCGCCGAGCCCAAGCACCCACGGUGCUUCGGGUCCCCGCACUCGCUCCCGCGCUCAACGCGGCCCUCGCCGCACUGGCGCCCGCCACGACGUGGCGGACCAUGAUGACGACGAUGACGAGGGCGAUGGCGACGACCACGGCGCUCAGCCAUCUUCCUCCUCUUCCUCUCUCCCUUCUUCCGCCACUCCGAGCGGAGGAGCGCAGGUGGCGUCCCGAGCCUCUGGCCUGCUGGAUCCCCGUGAUCCACAGGUUGACGCAGCCAUCUUCGCGUUCCUCCUCGGCGUCCUGACGGGACACCCGCUGCGGCUGGCCAUCACCGACAAUCGUGGCCGCUCCGGUGUGCUUGCGCUGCGCCGCCUCCGCGAGCGCUACAUCCGCAGCGGCAAGGACCACGUCAGUCGCCUCAGGCAGCAGCUCUCCUCGACCACCUGGUUGCCCACGGACACCGUCGACACGUUCAUGUCCCGCAUCACGGACAUCAACUCGCAGCUCCUCGCUGCCGGCGUGUCCAUCCCGGAGGACGACCUGCGCACCCUCGUCCGCAACGAACUCCCCGCAGAGUUUGAUGUGGCGAUGCGGUUCAUGGAGCGCGAGGACCCGCCGCCAUCGCUGUCCAAGAUGACGGCGGACCUCAUCCAGGAGGAGCGCCGCCUGCAUCGUCCCAAGAAGCGCACGCCCGUGCUCGCCAUCGGUGGGCCAAGCCCCGGCUCCUUCGCUGCAUCGCCGAUGCACGCUGGCACGUCGCCCUCCGACACGAGCGGUGGACCAUGCUGUCCACCUGCAGAGCGCGUGACUUGCGCGUUCUGCAACUUCCGCGGCCACUGCGCGCAGCAGUGCCGCAAGCUGCAGGCGGCCAAGCGCUACCACGUCAUCGACGUGCGGCAGAUCCUGGCUACGCUUCGCAACCAUGGCAACGGCAACGGCAAGCGGCCAGGAUCCUCUUGCCCGCAGCACGGACGAGCAGCUCCAUUCAAGAAGGCGGCCGUCGUCAGCCACGGCCCUCAGCGCGUGGAGACCUUCGCCAUCCACCACGAUGCCCUCAUGCUGCAGCCCGAGGACGAGGAGGAGGGCCACGCCAUCGGACCAGUGCCACCACAGCUGUGGCUCGCUGACAGCGGUGCCACGGCGCACAUCACCAGCGACGCCUCCCUCCUCACCAAUUACAUCGCCGUCACGCAACACGUCACCGUUGCCAACAACCAGGCCGUCACGGUCAUCGGCAAGGGCGACGCCGUGCUCCGCGUGACUGGCACCGACGGCGCUCCAGGCACCAUCACACUGAAGAACGUGCUGCAUGUCCCCGACAUCAAGUACAACCUUCUGGCGCUGAACCUGGUGACUCGCGCGCGUCGUGGUGCUUCCGUCGUCAUUGCUGCGGACGACAGCCGCAUCCAGUUUGCCACAUGGAGCGGCUACUCCCAGGUCCAAGGUGUCAACUACACGGACACCUUUGCUCCGACGGCCACCAUCGCAGCCAUCCGCACCAUGCUCGCCAUGGCCGUCGCGCGUGGCAUGGACAUCCAGCAGAUGGACGUCAACACGGCGUUCCUCAACGCGCCCGUGGAUCACGAGAUCUACGUCCAGCCACCGGCCGUCGACGGCAUCUUCUCGCCGAAUACGGUCCUGCGCCUCAAGCGCGGGCUGUAUGGGCUGAAGCAGAGCCCGCGCCUGUGGAACCACACGCUGGACGCCUGGAUGCGCGAGCAGGACUUCGUCGCCACAGCCACGGACGCCUGCAUCUACCGCCGCACCUGCAAGGGUGGCAAGGUGAUGUGGGUUGCCGUCUACGUGGACGACCUGCUCAUCUUCGCCGACAGCGACAGCGACAUGGCCGCGUUCAAGAAGGCCAUCUCCAAGCGCUUCAAGAUGAAGGACCUGGGCAGCCCAGACAUUUGUCUCGGCAUCAAGGUGCAGCACGACCGCAAGGCCAGGACCGUCACCAUGAGCCAGGAGCACUACCUGCGCAGCGUGCUGGAGACCUUCGGCAUGGCUGACUGCAAGCCUGUCGGCACGCCGCUCUGCACAGGCUACGUCGACAAGCCAGCCGACAAGGAGGAGCCACUCCCGGACGUGCCGUUCCGCGAGCUGCUUGGCUCCCUCCUCUAUGCUGCGACGAUGACGCGCCCAGACAUCUCGGCGGCUGUCUCCAUCCUGUCUCGCCGCAUGCAGCACUUCGGCAUGGACCACUGGAAGGCUGCCAAGCACCUUCUUCGCUACAUCAAGGGCACCUUGUCCUACACCAUCAAGCAAGUCCUGUCUGCUGAGUCGUAUCAUUGA